GUGUGUGUGUGUGUGUGUGUGUGUGUGUGUGUGUGUGUGUGUGUGUGUGUGUGUGUGUGUGUGUGUGUGUGUGUGUGUGUGUGUGUGUGUGUGUGUGUGUGUGUGUGUGUGUGUGUGUGUGUGUGGCUGAAUAAGAGCAUGGACAUGUCAGUGAGCCACAAGUGAGCAAAGCCAAAUGUCGCGCCGCAGAGUUGGCUUCUAUCUGAGCGAUAAGAAACGCCGAAGAAUGAAUCUGGACGCCUUUGCGGAGCUUUGUGCGGGCCAUGGAGUGGAGGUGGUGGAGAUUGAUCUUACUCAGCCACUGGGCCCCCAGGGACCCUUCCAUGUCAUUGUUCACAAGCUGUCUGAUGUCAUCGUGGAGGCGGAGCACGACAGCCAAUCUCAGGAGCUCCUGGACAACUUUCAGAGCUAUGUGUCAGCCCACAGCAGCACAGUUCUUCUGGACCCCCUGUCUGCCAUGACCCGGCUUCUAGACCGCUUCGCCUCGUACCGGAUCAUGAGCGAGCUGCACAAUUCCCUCCGAGAUUGGCGCAUUUGCAGUCCUCCGUACCUCGACGUCCACAGCUCCCAAGACAUGGCGUCCAUUCAACAGGAAGUGACGACCCAGAACUUGAGCUUUCCUCUCAUUUGCAAAACAAGAGUUGCACAUGGCUCUCUGUCCCAUGAGAUGUCGCUGAUCUUCAGUGCGGAGAGUCUGGGGGAGAUCCAGCCGCCGUGCGUGCUCCAGAGUUUUGUCAGCCACGGGGCCGUCCUGCACAAGGUGUUUGUGGUCGGGGACAGACACUUCUGCGUGGAGAGACCCUCGCUCAAGAACUUCCCCUCCGGCCCGUGUGAUAGAAAGACCAUCUUCUUCAACAGCCAUCAGGUGUCCAAACCAGAGUCAAGCUCUGACCUCACAGCUAUGGAUGAGCAGAUGCCGUAUCUUCCUCCCCCCAGCUCGGAGGCUGUAGCCGCCCUGGUCAAAGAGCUCCGGGUCCAGCUGGGCAUGGCAUUGUUUGGUGUGGAUGUCAUCAUCAACAUACACACGCACACACUCACUGUCAUUGACAUCAACAUCUUCCCAGGUUAUGAGGGUGUGCCACAGUUUUUCUCCUGCCUGUUAAGCCAUAUCGAGUCAGUGUUGGACAAAAAAGCUUCUGAUGACAAGGCAGCAUCAGGACUUCCCUCCACGACUGAGGAGCAGAACACAAAACGUCCAGCAUAACUUCACUAGACAUUUUCCUCACAUUUCAUACAAUCUUGAAAAAAAAAAACAGAUUUAAAUGACAAAAAAAAUUGAUUUUGAUAUGGAAGUAUUGCUGUCAAACAAUUCAACUUUUCAGUCCGAUUAAUCACAUGGUUGCUGUGGAUAAAUUUUUUCAAUCAUCAUAUUUGCUUGUAUCUGUAGUAGUUGUUUAAUAAUAA